CAGACACCAUCACUGAAGCUGUAAUAAACAGCACAAUCCGCUACACUGAAGUUACAACAGCACCACACUCUGAUGAACACGUUCAUCUGCUGCCCGAGCAAGACAGAUGGAGAGAGACAGAAGUCAUCGCUGAUUGCUAAGCUAAAGCAACUAGCAUCUGAAUAGCACGUAAACAACUGCUGAAUUAGCAGAAUGAAUUAAUAGCUCUGGGUGCUGGAGCAGACUAGUGGAAGUUUAAACCUACAGUAGGCAGUUAGACACUGAUGAAAAAAGCAGCAACAUUAACUGUGUCCAGAUAAAGCAGCAAUGAACUACCAGUAACACAAACUUUGGAGACUGGAGAUGAGACACUACACUGACUGCAGCACAUCAGUAGGUGAACGGUCACCAACUACUAUUACCAAAAAGACAUUUUAUUACAGUAGAAGUAAAAUCACUGUGUAACAAUGUUCUCAGAUAAAAGUACAAAGUGAGUAAGUUAAAAUAUGUCUGAAUAAAUGUGUUGAAUUUUAAAGGGGGAGGGGUAAAACGUGUUAAUAAUAAUAUAUGAUAAAACUAUUAAAUCAUCUUUAGGCUGCCAGGUGUUGCAGUUCCAGGUGAGAACAGCACCGAAAUCAAUCAAUUCAGGCACUUUGUAGUGCACACAAUUGAUCAUUACUAAUAUAUACCUUUCAAAUUACUAACUUAUAUUUAACAUAACCACAGUCCACCUAUUCUGAUGUUAACUUGUAAGUUAUUAUGACAUAUGAUAAUUUCCUAAAGUUUUAGUCUUUGAUCUGUUACUGCAGAUCUUAUAUGAUCUUAUAUGUUAAUAAACCAUUUGAUUGACAGCAUUAAAAGGUCAUCAUUUCUUUGGAGGGGUGGCAGUGUUGUUGCGUCCCUACCAAUGUUGACACCAAACCUGCGCCCUUGAGUUAUACAUUCACUUGCAUUGUACCAGUGGCUCAGCAAGACUUUAACACUGGAUUCUUCUUGGUUCAGACGAGCAGUCUGAGGUUGUGGAGGCAUGAGUGAUGGGGUCAUAUCCAGCUCUGGCGUUCAUCAUGCUGUUUUCAGCAAGUCUCUCCUCCAGUUGUGAUGGUGGAAAAGUGCUGGUGUACCCUAUAGAUGGGAGCCACUGGCUGAACAUGAAAAUCCUGGUGGAGGCGCUUCACUCUCAGGGCCAUCAAAUCACAGUGAUACGUUCCUCCACCAGCUGGUACGUUUCCGAUAUCUCACCCCAUUACACCUCAAUCACCAUCACCCAGGAGCAGUCCCAAAACAUAGAGAGCCAAGACUUCAUGACCUCAUUCUUGAAGAGAUCAAUAGAGAUUCGUCGGAAUAAAGGUUCCCUAUGGGCUUUUCUGGACUUCUAUAGGAAUGUUUUCAACUUGAUAGGGGAGAACCAGCAAGUUGUGGCAAAACUGGUCAUCAGCAUCCUUGAGAAUAAGACACUGGUCAAUGAGCUGAGGGAAACUGGAUAUGAUCUCUUUCUGACUGAUCCUGCAUUUCCAGGUGGAGUGCUGUUGGCACACUAUCUCCAACUUCCCUUGGUUUUCAAUGUGCGCUGGCUUUUCAAUGGAGAGGCGCACUUUGCCAUUGCUCCUUCCCCUUUGUCCUACGUCCCUGAAUUGUUCUCUGAUUACUCUGACAAGAUGGACAUUUUUCAAAGACUCAAUAAUAUAAUCUAUCAUAGCGUAUUGUCUUACAUGUACCACUAUGUCUCAAAUCCGCCUUACCAGGCUGUGUGUGAUAAAUAUUUUGGACAUGAUGUCAGUGUCAUGUCUCUCAUACAGGGAGCAGAUCUAUGGCUAAUGCGGGUGGACUUCACAUUCGAGUUUCCUCGGCCCACCAUGCCCAAUGUUGUCUAUAUCGGAGGGUUCCAGGGUAAACCCUCAAGGCCUCUUCCAACAGAUUUAGAAGAAUUUGUACAGAGUUCUGGUGAACAUGGGGUGGUCGUCAUGACUCUGGGCACCCUGCUGAGCGACCUUGGCCCUGAGAUAUCAGAGAUCAUCGCCUCAGCAUUUGCCAACCUCCCUCAGAAAGUCGUAUGGAGACACAUCGGAGAAAGACCUGUCACAUUGGGAAACAACACUAUGCUGGUUGAAUGGCUGCCUCAAAAUGAUGUACUAGGUCACCCUAAAACCAAGGUUUUUGUCACACAUGGGGGUACUAACGGCAUUUAUGAAUCCAUCUACCAUGGUGUCCCAGUUCUGGGCAUUCCUCUAAUCUUUGACCAGUAUGACAACAUGGUGCGUUUGAAUGCCCGGGGAGUAGCUGAGAUUGUUGAAGUGACAACUUUGGAUGUUGAGUCUCUGACAAUUGCUCUGAAGAAUAUUCUAAACCCAGGAAAGCCCUACAAACAGAAUAUGCUCCAACUGUCACAGCUUCAUCUGGACAAACCAAUAAAACCCCUAGAAAGUGCCAUUUUCUGGAUAGAGUAUGUCAUGAGGCACAAGGGAGCAGCACAUCUGCGCACCGAGUCAUAUAAGUUGCCAUGGUAUGCCUAUCACUGUCUAGAUGUGAUGGCAGUUUUAGUAGCAUUUGGUCUGCUAAUAAUUGCAUCAAUUUGGGUUUCCUGUAGAUGUUUCAUUAGAUGUUUCAUAUGGACCAAAAAGUCCACAUUCAAAUCCAAGAGUGAAUAGAUAAAAGAUGACAAAUAAACAAAUACUUUAACAGUGAGAUAGAACAGCAGUAAUUUACAAUGGUAAAGAAACUACAAAAUACCGACAGGGAACCACAUAAUGAGAUGAAUGAAAAUAAUAGUAAAAUGUGGAAAUGUAGAUUUUAGAUAAAAUUCUUUCACACCUGUAACAUGUCAAAUUAUUUUAUUUUUGCAAAAGAAAAAGCAAAAAAAGAAUUUCACAUAUGUUGAUUAAAAUUCUUCUGAAUUUACAAUGUAAUUUUUUUCUUUUAAUCAUUAAUUUGUAUGUUGCAAUACUUACAAAAGUCACAAAAAUAAAAACUAGUACUAGUCUAUGGUUACUAAAUAUAUUGUUUAAAACAUUGAAAACACAUUUUUAUAUACACAAAACAUAAGAAAUAAAUAAUUUCUUAAGAUUAAAUGAUGGGAAAAUAAUAUGUACAAGGCGCACAAUUUGAUUAUGAGGGAC